ACUUUUUACAAGACUAGAAAUUUCUCUAGCAUAAGUAGAGUUAAAAAACAAUAAAUAAUAGAUUUAAUAAGAAUAAUAAGUUCAUUAAUAAUUUAUGACAGUUUAGAGUAUUUACGAAGUUUUUUGUUUUCAACUUCCGAUUGUUUAAAGUACGAUCCUUGACUCUUCCACUUAUACACUCAUGAACUAUACAUUUCUUUACCAUUUUGAAAUAAAUAUUACUUUUUAUAAAUUAAAAAAACAUUAAUACAAUUGCUAAUGAUGCAGUAUUGUCAACAAUUGUCAAUGAAAAAUAAGACGUCAUAAACCUGACUUCAGCGAACAUAACGAAACCUAGCGGCGUAUUUCCGAAAAUAAUCUUUUUUUUUCUUUACAUUCAUAUUUGCUAGUUAUUUUCCUAUGUCGUUCGCCCUCCUGUUAUCUGACUCCGUGAUAUAGUACAUGAAGAAAAUGACAAUGAAUUUAUUUGGGAUGAUGCAGCAUUAAUAAAAGCAUACGACAGAGCUAUAAAUCUAGCUAAGGAAGAAGUUGCUAUGCGAAUUGGUAUCGAUUAUCCAUGUACAACUUCCAAAUCAAAAGUUCCACAACAGAAACAAUCUCGUACUACAUAUAAACAGAAAAAGAAAUGGUGUGUUGGGUCUCCGUGUCGUGCUGUCUAUUCAGAAGAUGGUGAAAUUUACGAAGCUAUUAUAACUAAAAUUUAUGACAAUUACGGAACAUGUAUUGUCAAAUUUAUAGGUUAUGGUAAUAGCGAAAAGGUAGAAUUAAGUAGUCUUUUAGAAUCAGAAGGAUUACAAAGUCAAAUUGCUCAGCAGAAGAAUGCAUUAGCAGAAAAAUGUAAUGAAGAAAGUAUGGAUCAGAGUGAGUCAGGUUGUUCUGAUUGUAAGGCUAAAAGUGUUAAUAGCACCGUUGAUGAAAAGAUGGAAUUUGAUUCUGAACAGAGAGAACCUAAAAUUUAUAUCGAUUCAGGUCCAUCGGUUAAUCCUUUCUUAAAUAUGAUGCCUCCUGCACCUCCUUUACCACCUCAAUUAAUGGCUAAGCUACCAGAAAAUGAUGCAGAUGCUCUUUCCAGUAUGUUGAUGUCAUGGUAUAUCAGUGGAUUUCAUACAGGAUACUACCACGGUUUGAAACACGCUAAGGACAAUAAUCUGAAAAGAAAGAAUUGACUUUAUAAGAGAAAGAACACACAAAUAAUAAUCCAUCUAAUCUUGCAAGAAGUUCUGCCCUAAAUCGUCUAGCAGGUUCAGAGUUCAUCGAAGAAUAAUCACCGG